CUCUCUCUCUCUCUACGCACACUUAUCCACAAAUCAAACACAUAAAAAAAAAAAAAAAGAGCAAGCGGUUAGACGAUUGAAGCUUGGCAGUCACACAUUUAUCCACAAAUCAAACACAUAAAAAAAAAAGAGCAAGCGGUUAGACGAUUGAAGCACAGCAGUUUCAUAAAAAAUUUUUAACCAAGGGACCACGUCUUUCAUCGAGGUACGUAAUAUUUUUAAAAAGAAAAAAGAGAACUGUUGAACCGUGGUUGAACCAUGACCUGGCCAAUCAUCCGGUUCAUUUGCCAGUCCGAGUUUCAAAGCAUUGCUCUAAAGGCUGUUAAAUUUUUUCUUUAACUGGAGAGCGCAGAAAUUGUCCCACCUACUACUAACUUGUAAGUAGUAACUGCCAAGGUCGAAGAAUUCUGGUGGCUGUGAAAGAUGGUCCCUCCUAAGAAAUACAAGAAAAAGAAGAAUGAUUCAAAACAGUUAAAGAAAACCAAGAAUAAGAAGAAGGGCAAGCCCAAGAGUAUAAGACCACCAGUACCUUUGGAAAAUGGAGCCGCCAUUGAUUCUGAUUGGUGGAAUUCUUUCUGGACUAAGAACUCUUCGACCCCAGAUUCCAAUGUACCUUCUGAUGAAGAAGAAGGAUUCAAAUAUUUUUUUCGCGUAUCAAAAAAGACUUUUGAGUACAUAUGCUCACUUGUUAGAGAAGAUCUUAUCUCGAGGCCUCCUUCUGGUCUCAUCAAUAUUGAGGGAAGGCUUCUCAGUGUGGAGAAGCAAGUUGCUAUUGCUCUAAGAAGAUUGGCUUCUGGUGAAUCCCAGGUUUCUGUUGGAGCUUCCUUCGGAGUUGGCCAGUCCACUGUUUCCCAGGUGACAUGGAGGUUCAUUGAAGCACUAGAAGAACGUGGCAAGCACCACCUUAGUUGGCCUGGCUCCAGUAGAAUGGAGAAAAUCAAGUCUGAAUUUGAACUGUCUUUUGGCUUACCUAACUGCUGUGGCGCAAUUGAUGCGACACACAUUGUGAUGACACUUCCGGCCGUUCAAACGUCGGAUGAUUGGUGUGACCAAGAAAAUAAUUUCAGUAUGUUCUUGCAGGGAAUAGUUGAUCAUGAGAAAAGAUUUUUAGAUAUUGUAACAGGUUGGCCAGGGGGAAUGACUGUGUCCAGGCUAUUCAAGUUUUCUGGAUUUUACGAACUUUGCAAGUCUGGUGAUCGGAUGAAUGGCGAUGUCAGAAGGUUAUCUGAAGGAGCUGAUAUCAGAGAGUAUAUAGUUGGUGGUGUUGAUUAUCCUCUUCUUCCAUGGCUUAUAACUCCCUAUGAAGAUGAUGAUGACCUUUCAGCUGCCAUGCUGAAUUUCAAUAAGAUGCAUGAGGCUACAAGAUCGGUUGCUGUAAAGGCAUUCUCGGUGCUCAAGGGCAGUUGGAGAAUUCUCAACAAGGUUAUGUGGAGACCUGAUAAGAGGAAAUUGCCGAGUAUUGUCUUAGUCUGUUGUUUACUUCAUAAUAUAGUUAUUGACUGUGGAGACAGUUUGCAUCCAGAUGUUGCAUUGUCCUGUCAUCAUGACUCAGGUUAUACCGGCCAGAGAUGUAAACAAGUUGACCCUUUAGGGCAGCUGUUGAGGGACAACUUAGCUAAAUACUCGCUUCAUUGAAAUGAAGGCUUCAUGCACUUGAUUUAUCCAAUUGUUCUUCCAUUCCAA